AUGUUGUUUGUUAUUUUUAUCAUAUUUACUCUAUGCGAUGCAAUAUGGAUUGGUGAAGAGUACUGGACAACGGUCAGCAAUGAUGGUUCAUUGCUUGGUGAUCGAACUGUUAGAGAUUUUUUGAUAUUUCACACUGCUCAUCUUAAAAUACCAUCGCGAAAAGCAUACAUUGCUUUUUGGGUAAUACAUGAUGAAUAUGGUCAUUAUGAAACAUUUGGACAUGCAUAUUUAGUUCGAAAUGGAGUUUGUGCUCGUUUUGUUAAUCGUUAUCAUAAGGCUAAAACAAUCUGUGGUGGUUUUCGUGUACUUUCCAGAAGUAACAAUAAUGGAAAUUUAGCAUUUAAAUUUGUACAAGCUAGACAAGCCAAUAUUCAUGAAGCAGUGGAAUAUCGUAAUAAGCAAGUGGCCAAGAUUGUAAGUUGGACAAAAAAUGAGAUGUGGUACGGUAGUGCUUCCAUGAGAGAAGCAUUUGCUGAAUGUAUCGAUUAUGAAAAUGAAUAUGUUAAGAUAUCACAUAUCGAUGAUCCAUUCUUCUAUCGACAAAAUGUUUACAUUCUCGUAAGCUGCAAUCCGGAUGAUCCAGAAGCCGGAAAAGCACAAUACUAUCAAUAUUAUCAAACGCCAAAUGAACAGUAUCAAUUGUUUUUUUUUUACAUAUAA